UAGAUCAAUUAAUUAAUUAUGUUGAGUGUAUUUGCAUCCUCACCAAUUAAUUCACCAUGGACAUUGAUUUGGACAAGAGAGGCAAUCAAUAAUUGAAUAUGAUUACGGAGUAUAUAUAUAUCAUGCAUUGUUGCUAUUGUUAAAGGGGAAAAAAAUACUACUUCUAUAAAUAGGCGUAAGGUUACCAUACCAAGGCAUAUCUCAUAAAACAAAAAACAUUAGAUUCUAUAGCAAAAAAUGGAAGGCAAGCUAGUUUCCUACAAGUCCUUGUUUGCAGUUAUUCUCAUCCUUUCAUUAGUUCAAUUAACGACUGCUGCGAAAAAUGACCUUCCACGGAUGAUGCUCGGAAGACCACUAUCAUGUCAAACUUACUUUGAAUCUUGUAGUUUCAUGAAUUCUUGUUGUCCUGGAACGCAAUGCUAUAAAGGACAAUGUGUUGAUGAUCCCAGAUCAGGAUGCGUGCGUAUAUAUGGAACAUGCGGGUUUUUUUCCGGCACUUGUUGUCAUAAAAUGGAGUGUAUUAACUCCGAGUGUAUCGUUCCAAAGAGCAAUACCCUUGAAUUCUCCAUAAUAUGAUCGAUGGGUCGUAUUUUUCAUCUUAAGCUAUAAUAUAAUUUCAAGUAUUAUGUUCGAAUAAAUGGUUAUUAUGUACUUCCUCCGUCUUUUAAUACUCGCAACGUUUGGACUUUUGUCACUAUUCAUAUAAUCUACUUUGACUAUUCUUAGUGCUUUUUAUAUAAGAUAAAACAUAGUCAUGUGGGAUCUUGUUAGAUUCGUCUCAAUGUGUAUUUUCAAAAUAUCAACUUUUUAUAAUUUUUGCAUAAAGAGAAUUGAAGAUAUAAAUGA